GUUUCAAGAUCACAUAAAUACUCCGCGUACAAACCUUCUAUGGCCUUAUUUGUGCUUUCGGAUCCAGUACUUUUUGCCGAAGGCCUACACAAUGCAGAUCAUUCAGCAGAUUUUAGUAGCGCUUUACAUUCUGAUAGCGCCAGCCUCGUCUCACUCUUUGAGUCGAACUAUACGCCAGGAUGAUGUAGUAGCGGUUAAUAGUUCCGAAACGCUGAUAAAUACUACAAGUAAUCUUACAGAACCGGAUACAGCUUUCGAAUCGUCCUUCAAUGAUACGAGUAAUGUUACAGAAACGGUUAUCACUUCCGAAUUGCCGAUUGCUAGUUCCGAACCGCUGAUAAACACUACCAGUAAUCUUACAGAACCAGAUACAGCUUUCGAAUCGUCCUUCAACGCUACGAGUAAUGUUUCAGAAACGGUUAUCACUUCCGAAUUGCCGAUUGCUAGUUCCGAACCGCUGAUAAACACUACAAGUAAUCUUACAGAACCAGAUACAGCUUUCGAAACAUCAUUCAACACUACGAGUAAUGUUACAGAAGAAAUGGUUGUUACUUCUGAAUUGCCGAUUGCUACUCCACAAAGCUCUGUUGCGUUCUGCAUCACUUGUCAAAAUAACAACGGGUCAUGCGUAGGAGGAAGUUGUGUUUGUAAUUCAGGGCACACUUUAGUUAUAGACGCCGCUAACAAUACCUGUAGAGUCAUUACUGAUGAAGAAGCCCAAGACCAACUGUGCCAAGACUGCCACGUGAGUGAAAAUGGAAGGUGUAUAUAUUCAGAAGUUGGAGUUGAUUAUUUCAGGUGUGAGUGCAAAAUCGGCUUUACCGGUGCAGAAUGUACGGAAAGAAUAUGUGAUGAUCCAUUCGCAGGUAUUCGGUUCGACACCGACGAUUGCGGGCAAUACAUGGUGUCCAACGAUGGUGUUCUUUUCAAUUGCGCUCCCCCUGAAUCCGUUGCUCGUUGUACGAAGAUCGAGUUCAAAGACGAAGGCAUCAAAAUCGAAUCCCUGGAACCAACUGUUUUUAAUGAACUAAGCGAAUUGACUCAUGUGGAUCUCGCAUAUCAUCAGCUUGUGGCCCUGCCAGAUGAUGUUUUUCAAAACAACUUGAAACUUCAACGCGUAAAUUUGGCCAGCAACAAAAUAGAAACACUCUCAGACAGAGUGUUUUCGCGAAACCUUGGCAUAGAGAGCCUGUUGCUUAACAGAAACAACAUCAGAUCGCUUGGUCCGAAUCUCUUCAGAAGUACUCGGUCAAUGAUUUUUCUGGAUAUGGAUCACAACCCGCUGCUGUCUAUCCCGAGCGGAUUGUUCUCCAGCAGCGAAAAACUGGCAUACUUGAAGAUGAACGAUAUGAGCAUUUCACAUCUCGAAAAUAACGUUUUCCGGUCAUGUGUCAAUCUUUUGAAGCUAGAGAUGCGUAGCAACAAUUUGACUGCUCUGCCAUCGGAUCUUUUCGCAAGAAAUGCUAAAUUGGAAACACUAAACCUUGAGCACAACAGCAUUACCACGUUACCGGAUGGCUUCUUGGCGCCGACAGCGAUGAUUGUUGUCGAUUUGACGAAUAACUCCAUCAGUCAUCUAUCAGAAUCCAGUUUCGACGCAACUACACUAAAUGAAGUGGUACUGAGCCAGAACGCUCUGGAAAGCCUGCCGAAUAAUAUAUUCCGAAAACUACCGAACAUGAGUAUACUUAGUCUAGCCGAGAACGCUAUACGAAAUAUUCAAGAUGAGUUGUUCUUUUCAACGGUGAAACUCCAAAUCCUGGACCUCUCAUACAACAAUUUGACGGCGCUUACUAAGAAUAUAUUUUCGUCGCUGCCAAAUUUGAAAGUUUUGAAGGUAGAAGGGAAUAGAAUCAAAUCGUUCGAGACUGAUACCUUUGCCAAUAAUGAGGUGCUGACAAAUCUUACCCUUCAGCAAAAUGAGAUCGAUUGGAUUCCUCCUUAUGCGUUUUCAAAAAAUCCGGAUCUAUCACUUUUAAACUUGCGUAGCAAUCAAUUGACGCAAGUAAUAACCAACGACUUCAUGAAUAAUGGAGCUCUCAAGUUUCUUAAUCUGAGGGACAAUAAGAUCGACAUGCUGCCCGUCAAUGCUUUUUCACAGGUUACUCAGCUACAAAUUCUGGACCUGAGCCACAAUGAAUUGACCACUAUACGAAAUGGGACCUUCAACUCCAACCCUGAACUAGAAUAUGUAUAUCUAAACGACAACGAGCUACAGGAUCUACCGGAGGAUCUUUUCAACACGAACGAGAAAUUGAGAGUCCGCUACAUAUACAACAACCCUGGUUUUAAGCACUGUACGGUACCAGGGGUAGCAGAAGAACCCGAUUCGGAAAACGAUUUCGUUGAUUUGGAGAACGAGGUGCCAAGACUCGGUUGUCCACUUACAGACCCAGCAGCGAGUUGAACAAGCAAAAGACUUGAUAUAUAUACCAUCGAUAGUUAAGGAUAUAUACAUACAUAUAUUUAUUUACAUACACAUACACACAUAUAUAUAUAUAUAUAUAUAUAUAAUGGGCGUCGUAUCAAUUGUGAAGGCGUAAUAUAAUCAUUCAUUAAAAAGUGAAGGUGGCUAGACGGCAAGUAGACAAUCAGAUUUUACUACUGUGUUUCCGUGUUUCACUCUCGGACGACAGUCGUGCGUUAAGUCCGGCAGACCCCUUAACCGUUCUCUCUAUCGCAUUGUGCAACAAUCAAAGUACCCUUCACCCUUGACGAACAUGUAUACACCAGUCUGAACCGGCGAGUCGCGUAUGACACUUAUAGUGAGUAUCGAGGUAACUAUAGACCUUUAAGUAUCUUGCUAAAUAAAAAAUUAUAUAUGGAUAUACAUACAUACAUAUUAACCUACUAAAUGAAUUAAAAG